CUGGGGAGGCCUCAGGAGGGACUCCAGGGUCAGGUGAGGAGCCGGCAGGGCUGUCUGCUGCUGUCUCCUCAGCAGAGGUCACUCCGGGGAGGAUCUGGCACCAGAUAAUCCUCCUGCCCUUGCUGCCUGUUGACCAUGAGUGAACUCCCACCUUUCACCCCGGUGGGGUCCUCAGGAGUCCAAAUAAAUAAAGGCGUCCAGUGCUCAUCAGAGGAGCUUCCUGCAGCGGCGUCCAAGCCUCGACACAGCCUGGGCAUUCUCCACGUCUCCUACAGUGUCAGCAAUCGUGCAGGGCCCUGGUGGGACAUCACAUCUUGCCGGCGGCGGCGGAACAGGCAGAUCCUGAGAGAUGUCUCCCUGUACGUGGAGAGUGGGCAGAUCAUGUGCAUCCUGGGGAGCUCAGGCUCGGGGAAAACCACGCUGCUGGAUGCCAUGUCCGGGAGGCUGCGGCGCAAGGGGACCUUGCUCGGGGAGGUGUGCGUGAACGGCCAGGCGCUGCGCACGGACCAGUUCCAGGACUGCUUCUCCUACGUCCUGCAGAGCGACACUCUGCUGAGCAGCCUCACGGUGCGCGAGACGCUGGGCUACACGGCGCUGCUGGCCAUCCGCGGUGGCUCCCGUGGCUUCAUCCAGAAGAAGGUGGAGGCAGUCAUGGCGGAACUGAGUCUGAGCCACGUGGCAGACCGACUGAUCGGCAACCACAACUUCGGGGGAAUUUCCCACGGCGAGCGGCGCCGCGUCUCCAUCGCCGCCCAGCUCCUCCAGGAUCCCACGGUCAUGCUGUUUGAUGAGCCAACGACGGGCCUGGACUGCAUGACUGCAAAUCAGAUCGUCGUCCUCCUGGCAGGGCUGGCUCGCAGGGACCGCAUCGUGAUCCUCACCAUCCACCAGCCCCGCUCCGAGCUCUUCCAGCUUUUUGACAAAAUCGCCAUCCUGAGUUUUGGAGAGCUGGCUUUCUGCGGGACACCAGUGGAAAUGCUUGAGUUCUUCAGUGGCUGCGGCUACCCUUGUCCAGAACAUUCAAAUCCUUUUGAUUUUUAUAUGGACCUGACAUCAGUGGAUACCCAAACCAAAGAACGAGAAAUGGAAACCUACAGGCGAGUCCAGAUGAUUGAGUCUGCCUACAAAGAGUCAGCAAUUUAUCACGAGAUCUUGGAGCACAUUGAAAGAAAAAAACACCUAAAAACAUUAUCGAUGGUUCCUUUCAAAGCCAAGAACUCCCCUGGAGCUCUUUCUAAACUAUGUGUUCUCUUGAGGAGAGUGACGAGAAACUUAAUGAGAAAUAAGCUGGCAGUGAUUAUGCGUCUGGUUCAGAAUUUGAUCAUGGGUUUGUUCGUCAUUUUCUUCCUUCUGCGGGUCCAGAACGAUGUGCUAAAAGGUGCUUUCCAGGACCGCAUGGGUCUCCUGUACCAGUUUGUGGGUGCCAUGCCCUACACAGGCAUGCUCAACGCGGUGAAUCUGUUUCCUGUGCUGCGAGCCAUCAGUGACCAGGAGAGCCAGGACGGCCUGUACCAGAAGUGGCAGAUGCUGCUGGCCUACAUGCUGCACGCCCUCCCCUUCAGCGUCAUCGCCACCGUGGCUUUCAGCAGCGUGUGCUACUGGACUCUGGGCUUGUACCCCGAGGUUGCCAGAUUUGGAUACUUCUCUGCGGCUCUCCUGGCCCCCCACUUGAUUGGCGAAUUCCUAACUCUUGUGCUACUUGGAAUGGUCCAAGAUCCAAAUGUGGUCAACAGUAUAGUGGCUCUGCUCUGCAUUGCUGGGGUGCUGGUGGGAUCUGGAUUCGUAAGAAACAUAGAAGAAAUGCCCAUUCCUUUUAAAAUCUUCACUUAUUUUACAUUCCAAAAAUACUGCUCUGAGAUUCUUGUAGUCAAUGAAUUCUAUGGACGGAAUUUCACUUGUGGCAGCUCAAAUGGUUCUGUGACGACGAAUCCAAUGUGUGCCUUCAGUCAAGGAACCCAAUUCAUCGAGAGAAUCUGCCCGGGUGCAACGUCCAGAUUCACAGCAGACUUCCUGAUUCUGUACGCCUUUGUCCCGGCCCUAGUCAUCCUGGGGAUAGCUGUUUUUAAAGUAAGGGAUCAUCUCAUUAGCAGAUAGUGAAGCACAUUGUUGUGCAAACAGAACUUAAGCUCCUUGAUGUGCGGGGCUGCUGUGAACGUCUGAAAUGAAAAUGCCAAGGCUUUCUUUCUUGAUGGUACAUUUGAGGUCCUUUAAACCAGUAAGAUUCCUUUUGUGCCCUUGGAUCCACGCAGACCUUGGAUGCUCUUCCAGCUUGCAGGGACAUGU